GAUAAGAGCUUCCUGCACGAUUUUGUCCUGUUCGUGAGUGAGUUACAAUUUCCAUUGCAGUUCAUCAGUUGCCGCCUGCAACUGAGCAGCAAACAUCAAAACUCAAAAUCAAAAAAAUUUAAAAACAAAUUUCGUUAAUUUUAUUCUAUGUCUCCGAACACGAUCACAUUACUAGCUGUAAUAAUACCAACGGCGUGCUUAAUGGCUAAGUCCGAUGCGACCUGCGAGAGUGUGAGUAGUUAGCCUUGGGUCACAAAAAGUUGGGAAAAAAUCGACAAUAAUAAAGAACGGCAAGUUGUCUCCCAGGUCAGUCGCGGCUAAUUGUUGCAUCGCGUCGGGUCGCGAAUCGGUCAUGCUAGUAACACAAAAUGCGCGCUAAUCAUCAUAAUAAUACUAUGUGUACGCGAUUAGUGCUGUUAGGAUUUCUAGUGUUAAUUACAAUACUAACAGAUGAAAGUGAAGUGAAUGCAACACCAAUCGAAACGAUUACGAUCGAGAACUUUGAUGAUCCUUGGGAUUACCAACAACUUCAACACAACGAACCGAUUUUACAAGCUGGGAAUGCGAAAAAUCACACACUGCCUCAAAAAACUAAAGAUAAUAAAGAAUUAGAUGAAAAUGAAGAUGAAGAUGUUGAUGGUUUGCACAGUCAGCUCGAGACGCUCACAUCCAAACUGUCUUGUGCUUCUUGCCGAUUAGGUAUAACACUGAUGCGAGGCGAAGUCAACAAUGAGAACGCGACCAUCGAAGACUUGAAAGAUAAAUUUGUGGGUGUUUGUGUGUCGCUGAACAUCGCCGUCGAAGUUGUCUGUUCUGGAAUGUUUGAUACCUACGGACCUGUUGUUUUGCCCGCUUUGAAAAUAUGCACGCUCAGCUCAGAGAAGAUUUGCGCAUUGCUACUGGGUGAAAAAUGCGGCCUUGUUGAUAAUCCAACACACGAUUGGCAUAUUGAGUUGCCACCGGAGCCGAAGCGCGAUUUCCACGCGAGUAACAACGAUUACAAUUACGAUAUCUGGGAUUCGCCUCCACCUCCGGAGGAUGGACCGGUGUUUAAAGUCCUGCAUCUGUCCGACACGCACUAUGAUCCUGAAUAUCAAGAGGGCAGUGUUGCCAACUGCCAGGAACCUUUAUGUUGUCGUAAUUUUAGUAGUUUUCCGAUGAAAAAUGAGAGUGUUGUUACUGCUGGAAGAUAUGGAUCUUAUUUAAAAUGUGAUACACCGAAAUUACUCAUAGAUAACAUGUUGGAACACAUCUCAACGAAACAUAAUGACAUUGAUUAUAUUAUUUGGACCGGGGACAUUCCCCCGCAUGACAUAUGGCGUCAAACCAAACAACAAACAUUAGAAAAUAUUCGUGACACAAUCGGGGACUUAGUUGGGGCUUUUCCAGGCGUGCCAAUUUUCCCGACCUUGGGGAAUCACGAAGGUGUACCCGCAGGCAAUUUUCCACCGCCAUGGAUGAAAGCCCAAACGCAAUCAGCUGACUGGGUCUACGAAGCAGUUUCCCGCGAGUGGGCAAAAUGGCUGCCGCCGGAAACCAACACGACGCUAAUCCACGGCGGCUUCUAUUCGGUGCUAAUCCGGCCAAAAUUUCGUCUCAUCUCCUUGAACAUGAACUAUUGCCACGCUUUCAGCUGGUGGCUGGUGUUGAACAGCACCGAUCCGGCCAAGGAGCUCAAAUGGCUCGUGUAUGAACUGACUGCCGCUGAAAGCAAUGACGAAAAGGUGCACAUCAUAGGUCACAUUCCACCCGGCGCCGGCGAUUGCAUCAAAGUAUGGUCGAAGAACUAUUACGAUAUUAUCAACCGAUUCCGCAACACCGUCGUGGCACAGUUCUUCGGGCAUACGCACAAUGACGAGUUUGAAUUGUUCUACGAUGAUGAGUUCACCAGUAGAGCAACUGCUAUAGCCUAUAUUGGCCCAUCAGUGACCACGUAUGAAAAUUUGAAUCCUGGUUAUCGGAUCUAUUAUGUUGAUGGAGAUCAUCCAAGCUCGUUGAGAGAAGUCAUCGAUCAUGAGACGUGGAUUCUUGAUUUGGAUAAAGCAAAUUCCGCCCCUAAAGAAACCCCAACGAAUUGGAGGAAAUUAUAUACAGCUCGAGCUGAUUAUGGUAUGAGAACACUACGUCCCGCAGAUUGGUCAAAUCUUGUCAAUCAAAUGAUUAUUGAUGAUAAAGUUUUCAAUAAAUUUCAAAGAUAUUUUUUCAAGUCAAGUCCAGUACGACCAUCAUGCAAAGAAAACAAAUGCCGUUUUCAAAUGAUCUGUGACUUAAAAUCAGGAAAAUCCCAUGACAAACUCCGAUUAUGCCGCGAGGAAGAAGAAUACUUCAUAGGAGUGAAAAAACAAGCCAAAUAAUUACUUAGAUAUUUAUUAUCCACAUACGUUAAUCGUCAAAUAAAUAAAUUAAUUAAAUAUA